AUGUUGAGUCCAACCACCGACGCAGGGGGAAUCGCAGGCUCAGUGUGGCGGUUCUGGCAACGGUCAUAUGCCUCCGACUAUGUUGGAUUUGCGCUGCUGUUCACGGCGUAUAUAUGUGUGCAAUCUUUCGUCGAACCUUUUCAUCGGAUGUUCAGUCUGGAUGACCAUGCAAAACAAUAUCCCCAUGCCACAGUACAGCGGGUCUCCUCCUGGGAAAACAUUCUGUAUUCUGGAGCAGGGCCUCUAGCUCUCGUGAUCAUUUGGUCGAUGGUGUUCCGACCAGGUUUCCACAAAGCACACGUUACGGUGCUCGGACUUCUCAUCAGCCUUUUCCUGACUGCACUCCUGACGGACAUCAUCAAGAACGCAGUUGGUCGGCCCCGUCCUGAUCUGAUCGCGCGUUGCAAGCCAGAGCCAGGAACACCUGAGCAUGAGCUUGUCACGAUCUCUGUCUGUACUGAGUCAGACCAUCAUAGACUGCAUGACGGCUGGCGCAGUUUUCCCAGUGGACACAGCAGUUGGGCUUUCUCUGGGCUUGGAUACUUGGCUUUGUUCCUUGCUGGACAGCUCCGCGUGUUUCGACCGCAUGCAGAUUUGGCCAGAGCCUUGGUUGUGCUGGCUCCUCUGGUUGGAGCUUCGCUGAUUGCCAUGUCACGGCUUGCCGACUACAGGCAUGAUGUGUUUGAUGUUACUUGCGGGAGUCUCCUGGGCAUGGCUAUUGCAUAUCUCUCUUACCGGCGCUACUACCGUCCGCUCAAGCACCCGAAAUGCGAUGUCCCAUAUCCCAACCCUGCAGAAUAUGAAGCAAGGUUCCAGAACAAGAACCGGGAUUUGGAGCAGCAGAUCGAUGGAGAUUUCUCUUUGGACGGAAUAUCUGAGGAUGAGGCACAAUCCUACCCUCUCACACAUGCACAAUCGCCAGUGACGGCCGAGCGACCCCCAUAA